AUGGGAUCAACAAACGAGGAGACUCAAGCCAAGAAGCGCUUGCGUGCGAGACAGAGCUGCGAUUCUUGCCGACAACGAAAGACACGAUGCAAUGCCGACGAUACCUUUCCUUGCAGCACAUGCACCAGCCUUGGUGUCGAUUGCCAUUUGUCCAAGCGAAGGAAACGAGGUCCUAUGCCAGCAGCCUAUGUCGAAGCACUCGAGGAUCGUAUCAAGCGUUUGGAACAGACAUUAUCACAUCAUGGCAUGAGCGAAUGCAGUGAUACUGGCGGCGAUGGCCAACAAGCAUCUUUAUCAUCAUCUUCAUCACCUUCAUCGAGUCGAUCAGCAUCUUCAUCACCUGCUGCUGCAAAUGCCACCGAGAUUUUGAGCCAUUACAAUACGACGCUUUAUAUUGGACGUAGCUCUGGAUAUUAUACGCUUGAUCAGGAGGCCUUUGCUACCGACAGACGACGUGAUACCGAUUGUGAAGUCGAGAAAGCUGGCAAUGAUGAGCAAGACGACCAUCUCCUUUUGACAUCUGAACAACCUAGCUCCGAUCCUGCACCCUCACGUCGUAGUGGUGAAAAAGGAGGAUCCAUCCCUUCAUGCCGUCAACGUCGUUUUGAGCCAUUCAAGGAUAUACCCAAUAUGACCGUGGGUCUUGCAGACGCUCUCAUUGAAUUGUACUUCCGUUAUAUUCAUCCUACGGCACCAUUCAUCAACAAGAUCGCCUUUCUCGAACAAUAUUACUUUCAAAAUCCACAACUUCCAGACAAGUACCUGCUAUACUCGGUGUGUUCGGUUGCUGGAAAGUACUUGGCAAAGGAGAAAGAGAUGCUUGCCAAGCACAACAUAUCAGUGGAGACAAUGUACGCUUUGAAUCAGCAACUUUAUGCAAGAGCAGAGAAGGUGCUAGAGACUGUAUUUCGAAGAUCCAGUAUAAAUACAGUAUCCGCGCUUAUAUUAUUGGCAUCGUUUUCUCCAACGAAUGACCAGGCGGAGCAAGAUGACGAUAGGCUACAAUGGUUCAUGGUUGGCACAGCUCAGGAUUUAGGACUUCAUCGAAGUUCCACGCGAUGGCGCCUACCUGAACAUGAAAUUGAAUUACGACGACGCGUAUGGUACAGCGUAUAUGGGGUUGAUCGAGAAAUGUCUGCUUCACUGGGAAGGCCGUUGACAAUCUUGGAUGGUGAUUUUGAUGUCGAGAUGCCGUCGCCCUACGAAAUAGGCUCGAGCUAUGAUCGUGAUACGCGGGAUGUGGAUGAUGAUGAGCCUGUUCCAAAGAUCUUAUUGGAAGCAGAGAGAGAUUUACAAGAAAAGCGACCCAUAUAUGGCAUAUUUUCCUAUUACAUUCCUUGCUCUCGAAUGUUCGGUCGAGUUCUUGGCGAACUUUAUUCAACAAACGUGCCGUCGAUUGAAGUGGCCAAAAAGCUUUCGGAUGAGGUGGAUGUAUUGAGCGAACGUACCUCGAAGGAUCUGUCAGCUGUAACAACUCAUGAUCUUGAUCCUGCCAACUUUGAAUUCAUGAUAGCGUAUCACCAAUUCCUCAAAUUGAUAAUCCAUCGCUGUUUUAUUUCGGAUCGCGACGUGAACAAUAUCGACUUUGCAUUGCAUUCGCUUAGUGUAUGCACGCUAUCAGCCAUUUCAAUCAUCGAUAGUGUGGAGAAGAUGGAAGCAAUUGGACCAAGUAGUAUGCCCUGGAGUUAUAUAAGCUAUGUCAUUUUCCAAACAGCCAUCAUCUUUCUAUUCCACGCUAAAAGUGACAACAAUUUCCUUCGACAGCUGGGAGCCAGAAACCUUGCACGAUGCGCAAACAUUUAUUUGAAUGAUGAGGAAUUACGUGAUAGCCGGCCGGCGAAGAUGCUCAUGUCGUUAGCUGCAAAGUAUUCGGUUGCCAUGGAAAGUAGUAGCAAUGAUCCAGAAGUUUUGGCGACAACAACCCAACAGGACCAUGCUUUGCUUGAAUCUGCUGCUGCCUCUGCUGCUAAUGCUAGUGGCCAACAUGAAUCAGCUCCUCCUGCCAUUAAUCAAAACCUACCACCCAAUGCUACAAGUGAUAUGCCUUACUCAGCACCACCAGCAAUGUCCAUGCAAACUUAUCCAUCUUAUGCACCAUCACCUCUCGCAACUAUGGAUUCCAGUCAACAGCAACCUCCUUCAUCUGUCAUGGUUUCCACCCAACACCAACCGCCGAUGCAUUUGACAGCUGUUCCCACUGACGAGUUUAAUACGAUCGAUGUACAAUUCGAUGCUGCUGGUUUGUCAUCUGAAUUGGCGCUUUGGGAAUUCCCGACAGCAAUGACAUGGAAUGAGUGGGAUCCAUAUUUGUAA